AUGCAAUUUUCAAGUGACUCCAAAAAGACGAAACCCAAGAUUGACUCGUCCACCAUCCUUCUGCGCGUCAAACGUCCAUUCAGCGAGCCUCCGGUGGAAUGCUUCAACACUAUUCCCUGCAAAAAGCGUUGCCAGGGCUACCCAGAGGUGAAGAAGGGGAAGUGCUUUCGUUACGUCGGUUCGACAACUGAGGAUGUAGGUGGUCUGGACGCACUGCAGGAUAUGGGGGCAGUUGGUGCUCGCCGGAUAUUCUGGACCUCUACCUCCACUGCUUGCGUCAUUAACCCAGAGGACGAGAAGACAAUCGACUAUCAGGUAGACUUUCCAAGAAGAGUGUUUAGCCCUUUUCGAAUACUAGUGCCCAUGAAGAACAUUAGGCCCAUAUACUCUCUCGUUUUCUUGGUUUUGAACCAUUUCUUUCAGUGUACUGCUACGUGGUACCGAAUGAACAACCUUUUCUGUUACAGUCCCAGGAAAUAUUUACACAUAAACUUGGAGGGUAGGGAUCAGAACUGA